AAAAGGAAAAUUUAAUAUCUUUUUCCUUCUUAAUUCUUGUUCUUAGUUCCUGUCAGCCGCUGCACGUUUUGCACGACGAACACAAAAUCGCUGGACUAGCGGCAACUCCUUUUCCUCCUCUCCUUUGGAAUCCAUGGCGGUUCCGAAGCUUGUCAGCCUAACGAUUUGUUUAGCUUUAAUUGUCUUCUCCGCCGCAGCGGACGCAAUCGUCGACGGCGGAGACGACGUAAUUGAAGUCGUUAGAGAGGAUGGCUUUGAUUCUUCCGUGCUUAAGAUCGAAUUAGAAAAACUUAAUUCUAAGAUCCGAGAGCUUGAGGUCCUUAUCGAUGAAAAAGCACGGGAAUUGGAGAGAAAGGAUCAUCUUAUAUCUCAGAAGGAUGAAAUAUUUAGGGACAAGUCAGAUAGAGUUUCAUUUCUUGAAAGCGAGAUAGAAUCUCUCCAGAGAGAAGGGAAAUUACAUGCCGUGGAAACAAUUGCAAAAGCUCAUUCACGUGCUGCUGAAUUGGAGAAGCAGAUCAGUGAACUUAAAAAGGAACUAGAUGCUCAAAGCAGGGAGAGAAGUGCUCUGGAAGUGCGAUCAAAUGAAGCUGAGAAGAAGAUGCAUAAGUUUAUUUCAAAACUGGAGAAACUUCAGAACACUAAUGAAGAACAGAAGAGAAAAAUUCAGAAACUCGAACGUGCGCUUAAAGUGGCUGAGGAAGAAAUGAUAAAAGCGAAGUUUGAGGUCACUUCAAGGACUGAAGAAUUGAUGGAGGUCCAUGGUGCAUGGUUACCCCCAUGGCUUGCUUCAUUCUGGAACGAGCAUUUAAAGCCUAUCAUAAAUAUUGUGGUGCAAAAGGCGUGGAUGGGAAAGACGCAUGUGGAGAAUUGGCUGGGACCCCAUGUAGAACCAAUUAAAUCUAAGUGGAUCCCUGCCAUGCAAGAACAGUGGUUGGUGGUGAAAACCAACUCUAAACCACACUUGCAAUCUUUAUGUAAAAGAAGUUCGGAAGCUUAUGAGGCUUCAAAACAAGCACUGACUCCACAUAUUAUAAGAGCACAAGAAUUCUCCUAUCCCUACUUUCAGAAAGUAAAAAUGGUCAGCAAACCAUAUGUUGAUCAUGUUGCUACCUUAAUGAAACCUCAUGUUAACAAAGUUCAAGUAGCAUUAAAUCCGUACACAAAGGAGAUAGUUCAUGCUGGUGGAAAUUUAAUGCAAUCUGCGACUACACAUCAUCAGAAGGUUAAAUCCACCAUCCAAGAAGUGCUCAACAGUCAUGACAUUACAAGACUGGUUGCUACUAAAGAGUUCGAGUGGCUUCUGGAUUUGGCGUUAUUGGCUUUACCCAUGUUAAUAUUGUUCAAUCUUUGCUCUUGCUGCGGCAUAUCCCGUAAAAGGGCAAGGAAAUCCGUCCGGGGUGCCAACACCAACCCUGUACGUCGUAAGGCCAAAAAGGGAACUUCUGGCAGGUGAAUGUGUAACAUCAUUUGCUGGUCCUCUGUUGUAGACGGAUUUUUAAAGGUGGACAGCACAAUUUUGGCUUGCCAAACUCUCUAGAAAGCUGGAACUGAAAGGUCGGAUAUUUUUUUUAAGCUCUUAACAGUUUCAUCUCCUUUGUUAGCCACGAUCGUCACACACGUGCUGCUAAAUGUAUCCAAGAAGUUUAGAAGUUGUACUUUGUUUUCCAUGUCUGACUGCGAUACCAGAGCUGUACCAAGUUUUUUGUUCAUUGUGUUAUUUUGUAAAAUAGUCACGAAGUCAAAAUAAAUUAUUUCAAAUUUUCAUC